AUUGAGUUCUUUUCUUUACGACGUAAACAUCGAUUUACGGUAAUAUGUGUCGUGGUAAAGCUAUUACUUCCACGUUUGUGUUUACAUUUUCUAUUCGUAUCAUAUUUGGUUGGAGAAAGUAGUUUAUGCAGAAUGAAUGACACGUUGAUUGUUACAGCUAUUGAUAUAGGAACAUCAUACAGUAGUGGUUUCUAUUCGACCAGAUCUAAACCAAAAUGGAUUGACGGUGCACAUUGUCUUCCUUACGAAAAGUUACCUACGGUAGUGCUUUUUGACAAAAGAAAGAAAUUUCAUAGCUUUGGCUAUGAAGCAGUUGACCAUUACAAACAGCUUUCAGACGAAGAAAAAAGAUAUUGGUACUACUUUAAAGAAUUUCACAAGAUAACAAAUGAGCAUAAGCCCACAGAACUUGAGGUAACUGAAUGCAAUGGUAAAAGACUGGAAACGCACAAAGUUUAUGGAUCGGUAAUAAAAUACUUUACAGACCAAAUGAUAACCAAACUUCUAAAGGCUGGCUUCGAAUGGAUAGAAUCUGACAUACAUGUCGUGCUUACAGUUCCUCCAGUAUUUUCGAGAUCUAACAAGUCGAUGUUAGAGAAAGCCUUUGCAUUCGCUGGAUUUAAUAAAAACUAUUCAUUUGUUAACGAGCCAGAGGCUAUUCUUUCUUAUUGGGAGCACAUGUGGAGUGACGAGCAGACUUUGCCAAAGAAUGUUGACCUGAAUAAUGAAAAUGGCUUCCUUCUUGUAAAUUUGAAAGGUUCCACGGCAUUGAUAUCAGCAAAUUCAACAAAAGAUAGGACUCAACGCAGACUUGCAUAUGCUGCAGGUGGCGGUUGGGGUGGUCAAGCUGUACAUGAAGAGCUAAAACAGUUCAUCAUAAAAAUUGUUGGUGCACCUGUGUUUCUCAGGUACAUCGACAGUGAAGGCGGCUUGUUUGAUUUUGAAAGAUAUGUAGAAUUUGCAUUUAAGCGUUUUGAUGACAAUGAUAAAAUCAACUUCAGAUUAUCGUUAAAUGAUUUAUGUAAGCAAGAGUACAAUGAAGAUUUAAAAACUGCCAUAAAAGAAUCACCAUUUUCACAUGGAGUGAGGGUUAGAUCUAAACCCGAUAUCGUAAGUAUAGAACGAGAUGUCGUAAACAGUUUCUUUAAGGACACGUUAGGGGCGAUUGUGUCAAACAUUAAGGACAUCUUGUCUGACGAAAAUACAAAAGGAAUUAAAGUAAUUGUAAUGGUGGGCUAUUUGUCAGGAAUAAAAUUAGUCCAGGAUGCAGUAAAAGGUGCUUUUCACGACUGCCAGGUUCUUGUUCCUUCUGAUCCUGAAUUCACACUAGUUAAAGGUGCAAUUCUGAAUGGACAUUACGGUAAAAUACCAUCUGCACAUCCAAAGGUGAGAAGCAUCGUUUCUCAACAUACAAUAUGUGCUGUAGUGCAACACAUUAAUGAUGAACGUGAAUGUCCAGAACAUGUAAAAGAGAAAAAGAAGGUUUUGAUUAAGAAAGGAACACAUGUUCAAGAAGGAGACAAACAAAAAUAUAACUUUACAAUGGAUGACAUAUGUGAUAUGGAGCAUAUUGAUAUCUUCAUUUUCGCCUCUCCUAAAGCUGAAACUUGUGAAUCUGCUUCUUUAAACAACGAUGAUGUGAAGAUCAUAAGAAAAGAAAGAAUGAAUUUCAAUGGCGCUCACACAAUGAACAUCAACAUCUCUUUAGUCUUUGUGCCUUGUGGGGUAGAAUGGAUUAUAUCGGAUGAAGGCGGAAUAGUGGCGAUUGGCAUUGAAAAUUUAGAUGAAUAGGAGUAAUUAUGUGGGAAAAAAUAGUUAUGAUUUCAAAAUAAUAAUAUAAUAAUUUAAGUCUGUUUUUUUCCUGUGAUUACUUAAAGUAUGGCAUAUGAAGUUUAGACCAUAUCUUUGCCUUUGGUCAAGUACGAGUUGUAGCAAAUCUCUAUCUUAAGAAAUGGUGAUUUGUGUCAAAUUGCAAGUAAUGAAUAACUAACAAUAUUAUUUCUCUGGUAUUUUCUUUAUAUUUUGUACAUAAUUAUGCAUUUAGGUUAGAUUAUAUAUUUAUACAGUGAUACGGUUGUUUAUAGAACUGUACAAUAGAACAUAGAUGUUAAUAAGUUAAAAAAUCUUUAAAAGUUAUUGACAACCUGAACUUUUGAUUAUCAUGCACUAGAUAUUAAAUACUAAAGUUAAUUUAUUAUUAUUAUUGUUAUCAUUUUAUGUACAUUUCAAUUUUGCAAAUUUGCAGAAUGAAGAUAAUAGGCAAUCACAUAACUGUACAUGUAUCUUGUAUAGCAAUUAAGUAUAUUGGUAUACUCAUUUUUAGAUACUAUGAUUAAUAUUGUUUUAAAAGAAAACGUUUUUAUAUAACAGAAUAUUAUAAAAGCAAAUUAUUUUUGUUACAUCUGUUGUAUAAGAAAAAUAUGUUAGUAUUGUUAAUUUUGAUCUGGAUAGAUUAUGAUUAUAUUCCACUAGACUUAAAGAAAUAGUCUCUCUUCUAUUAUAAGGUCAAUCUUAUGUAAACAAAAUAGUAAUUUUUGUUCUAUAUCAAUGCAUAUGAAUAUCUAUAUUUUAUUACGCAAGUCUGACUUAAAGAAAUUGUCCCUCUUUAACUAAGGUCAAUAUAAUGUAACAAAAUUGUUAUUGUUGUUCUAUAUCACUGUAUUUCUAUGUAUGUAUAUAAUGUUAUAUUCUUCACCUAUUGAAGGAAAUAAAGAUGUUUAAUAUAA